UCUGUUUCGAACGCACGUGCCCAUCGGAGCCGCCUCUCUUCAUCUCUCGCUCUGGCUCUCUCCUUGCAUCCUCUCUCUCUCUCUCACUCCCUCUUGAUCACUCGCUGUCGCGUACACAAACAUACGUUCCCACACACACGCGCGCGCGCGCACACACACAUACGCUCACACCCUCCGUCGGGAAGCGGGGCUGCCGUGUGGGAGUCAGCCAGCAUGAGAAGUGAGAUCUUCCCUCGCGCACAGUCGGCUCGUGGAACUGAAGUUGUUUGAGACGCAGGCUCCACACGCUCUCUCUCUCUCUCUCUCUCACACACACACACACACACACACACACACACACACACACACACACACACACACUCGCGCUCUCCCAGUCAGUCAAGAGGAGCAGACCAGGCGGCCAGCUUCUAUCCCUGUGUGUCCACAAGUCAGGCAACAUGGGACUCGUGGUAGGAACGUUCUCCAUGCAGACCAAGCAGGUGAACUAUCGCAAAGACAAGGUGGACGAUGACCUGGAGAUGACCAUGGUGUGCCAUCGGCCAGAGGGCCUGGGCCAGCUGGAGGCGCUGACCAACUUCAACAAGAGGGAGCUGCAGGUCCUCUACCGUGGCUUCAAGAACGAGUGUCCAAGUGGUGUGGUGAACGAGGACACCUUUAAACAAAUAUACUCCCAGUUUUUCCCCCAUGGAGAUGCCAGCCCCUACGCACACUACCUGUUCAAUGCUUUCGACACAGAACACAGCGGAUCCAUCAAGUUCGAGGACUUUGUGACGGCUCUGUCCAUCCUGCUAAGAGGCUCGGUCAGGGAGAAGCUCCAGUGGACCUUCAACCUCUACGACAUCAACCACGACGGAUACAUCAACAAGGAGGAGAUGACGGACAUCGUAAGGGCGAUAUACGACAUGAUGGGGAAGUACACCUACCCCGCACUGAAGAACGACUCCCACAAACAGCACGUGGAGGCCUUCUUCCGGAAAAUGGACAAAAACAGAGAUGGAGUGGUCACUCUAGAUGAAUUCAUCCUUUCCUGCCAAGAGGAUGAAAACAUCAUGAGGUCUCUACAGCUUUUUGAAAACGUCAUCUAGUGAAAAGAAAGAAGAAGAAGAAGCAGCAGAUGGGAGAGAGAGAGACAGAGAGAGGGAGAGAGAGAGAAUGGAGAGCGGAGUAUGUUUAUCGUGCGACAGUAAAGGGCUUCUUUCUGCAGACGUUGGGACUCGUUGUCCCCAGUAAACCUGCUAUGAUGGGAUGUCUCCAAGCCAGGGGCAACCUACCUCUUUUGAUAUUUAUUUAUUUAUUAUGUUUAUUAUUAUUAUUUACCUUUUAUUAACAAAGGCUUUUGAGCAUGCACGCUGUUUCACAGCAGCGCCCUCAAGGCCGGGACGGUUUUGAGACGCCCAACCCACAAAUCCCCCCUCUCCCCCUUUUUCCCACCCCCUGAUUUGACCUACCUAUGAAAACUUAACCUUUGACUUCAUGCAUCCACCUCUCCUACACGUUGUUGCUGGUGUUGAGUCUGUGUAUAUUCCAUACUUCAUACCCGUGUCCGAACACUGAGUACCACUGCCGUGUCUUGCUAUGUCCACCGUUACCCCCGCCAUCACUGAACAACUGAAUCUCGGACGACCUGUUCUCUACACUACAACUCACUGUGGUGAUCCCUCAGUUGGAAAACAUCAAAUCAAAGUGCACUCUAGAACGUGGGUGAUUAUUGACACACAUUGGCGAUUAUCAUCUGACACGCUACCAUGAAUAUGCAUAUGUAUCUGCAGGCACGGAAGACAACAUCUCACCCUGGUUAUUCAUCAGCAACCGCUUCCAUCGCAUUAAGAAGCGGCCUUGUUACCGGCGUUCAUUUCUCCAAAACGUGUCCGUUUCCCUCACACUUAUAUUCAGCGCUAACCUCACCGCUUUCGGGCCUAGCGAAUCCGGCCGGGGGUCAGACGCCUGUGGGCCAGACCGCUGGCCAGAUGUGAACCGUGCCGUUGAAAGUGUUGACCGUCUUGUGCAUGGUUCCCGUGGUUGUGGAGCCCCUGUCUCCUUCUGCUCUGUGUGGUCCAGUGGCGUGGGUCGGUGUAUUAGUGUUGUAACGACUUGACUGUAAACACGUGUCCGUACAGUGCGUCUACCUGCUUACGGCACCUCUCUGUCCGUCCCUUCUGUCUGUCCGCUUCUCCGUCUGGUCCCAUGUCCAAUCGUAUCGGUACAGGGUCCCUGAUCCACGUCCCUCUAUGUUGAUAUGGCAGUUUUUGGUUUACAGGCAGAACAAUGACUUUGUGUGUGUGUGUGAGUAUUUUUGAGUGUUAACGUCUGAGUGCGUCCGUUUGGUGACUCUGUUCAUGUGCUGUCGUUGAGUUGAGACCCCUUGGGAUGUGGAACAAGCGAUGGCGCCGUUGUUAUCUGGGUUUCUUUCCCAGAAUUCACGCACUCCAACAAACUUAACUGGUGUCUAGUGGGAUAGCAUCACCUCGGUGGACUGUGGGAAGAACUCCUCCACCUCCUUAUGUUGUGUUCAGCAGGAAGAAUCCGAACCCGGAUAACCAAGAUGUACAUAAAGCUCCUCUCAAUACCACCAACCUGUCACUGUGAGGGAGCGACGGCAGAGGUAGACCUCCUAGGAUGAGGGGAUGGGAGAAUAGAGGGGGAGGUACAGGGUACAGGAGUGUAAAGGAGUGUAGAGGGACAGGAGUGAGGGGAUGGGAGAAUAGAGGGGAGGGUACAGGGUACAGGAGGGUAAAGGAGAGGAGAUGUGAAGAGGGGACUGUAUAUGGGUGGGGGGGUGGGAGUGUAGAUCAGAGGGGAGUGUAGUUCAAGAACGGAUGGGCUGGGGUUUACAGAAGUGAUAGAAAUGCAAUAGAAGGGGUACAAUAACUGAAAGGUGUGGACCUUUUCGCUGUCCCUCUAGGAACCGAAGCCAUGUUGUGAACGCGAGCCAUCCCUCGUGGGGGUUUGAGCGACAUGUG